AUGUCAAAGAAAAGCAAUAAGGAGGCCGAGGAGCCUAAGCUGUCUGCGGAGGAGAAAGAGGCACUAGCCCAGACUCAACUAGACAACGCCAGGAGUAAGCCGGUGGCUUUUGCGGUGCGUUCAAAUGUUGGCUACACGCCGGCUAAAGAAGACCACGCCCCCCUCGCUGGACUGUCUGUCACCUUCCAGGCCAAAGAUUUCCUCCACAUCAAGGAGAAGUUCAAUAAUGACUGGUGGAUCGGUCGGCGUGUGUGUGAAGAGGGAGAGCUGGGUUUCAUCCCCAGUCCCGUCAAACUGGAGGCCAUACGCAUACGCCAACACAACAGAAACAAGCGUAAGACCCUUGCAGUCUCGACCGCAAGUCUGACUGACAUCCUCAAGCAUCCGCCCACACCCACAGGUGAGACACAGCAAGCCCUCACGCAGUCAGAGCAUGUCCCUCCGUAUGAUGUGGUUCCAUCCAUGAGGCCCGUGGUGCUGGUUGGGCCGUCUCUCAAAGGAUACGAGGUCACUGAUAUGAUGCAGAAGGCUGUCUUCAACUUCCUCAAACACAGAUUCGAAGGCCGGAUCUCCAUCACACGCGUGACUGCAGACAUCUCUCUGGCAAAGCGUUCUGUCAUGAACAACCCCAACAAACACGCCAUCAUGACAUCCAAUACCAGCCUGGCGGAGGUGCAGAGCGAGGUGGAGAGGAUAUUUGAGUUGGCUCGGAACCUUCAUCUGGUUGUCUUGGACGCGGACACCAUUAACAACCCGGGCCAGCUCAAACACACCAACCUGAACCCCAUCAUGGUCUACAUCAAGAUCAACUCAACUGACGUCUUGCAGAGGCUGAUUAAGUCUCGAGGGAAGUCUCAGGCCAAACAUCUCAACGUCCAGAUGGUAGCAGCAGACAAACUAGCGCAGUGUGCUACAGAGAUGUUUGAUGUCAUCUUGGAUGAGAAUGUCCUGGAGGAUGCGUGUGAGCACAUUGCCGACUAUCUGGAGGCCUAUUGGCUAACGACUCAUCCCCCCGGCGAGGAGGGGACCAAUCAGGAGCCGGGAGAGGAGUCAGAGGACACGCCCACUGUUGACCCCUCUGACCUCAUGGCCACCACCGAGCUCCUGCCAGGUGAAGAAGAAGAAGACUGAAGCAGAUCCAAAGGGUGUGGGAGGAGAGGACGACAGUUGUGGUCCAAUGGAGGAGAGGAACAAUAAUCAACACCAUCGUUGUUGAACACUUACUCUCUCUCUCUAUCUCUCUCCCUCUCACUCUCUCCCACACACACACACACACACACACACAAAGAUGAAAACACUUAUGGAGAAAGUGUGCGUGUGUGGGCGUGCACAUGCACUUGAGGAUAAAGUGUCUGAAAUUCUCUCUCUCUCUCCCCACUGUAAAACUGGAGAGUGUAAAUGGUUCACUAAAGCAGUGAUGGGUAACCUGGAUUCAUUAGUUCAUAAUCCAGUGCCACAUAUUCCAAAUGACCUGGUUUUAACCUGUCCAAUUAAAGUAGGUGAUUGCCCUUAUUGGACAGGUAAAACCAGGCCAGGUGGAAUACGUGGCACUGGAGUGUACUUGCUGAGUGUAUUAUCAUAAGCUGUAUGCACUUUAUUCAU